GCUUUGAGGAUAUGACAGCCGAAUCACAUAAAAUUAAUACAGACGACUGAGACACAAUCAACCGAAUUUCCUCUACAGAUGAAGAAUAAAAUCUCUCCAUGGGGAUGAACCAAUGAUGGCAGCAGUUACACAGCUGCUUUUGGAUACACUGGAUGAUCUGGGAGAGGAUGAACUUAAAACUUUCAAGUGGGUCCUACAGCAUGCUGAUAUCCUGGAGGAUUUCCCUGCCAUCCCAAAGAGCCGUGUGGAAAAGGCUGACAAGCUGGACACACUGGACCUGAUAGUGCAGACCUACAAUGACCAGUCUGUGGAGGUGACCAAAAAGGUGCUGACAAAGAUCAACAGGUAUGAUCUGGUGCAGAGUUUGUCCCACAUCAGUUCGGGACCCAAACAGAUUUUGCAGGACGUUGGAGGAAUUUCAGGAAGCAGUGAAGCAUCUUAUGCUUCUCCCCCUCCCCCUCCUAUCCACGGCAGUCAGACUAAAGAUUUGCUGGAACCACAACCUCACCCUCCAGAACUCAUUGCAAUUAACCGUUGCACACUCCAAUCACACCUCCAGAACAGGUUUAUGUGUGCACAAGAAGGGUGGACGGAAAGGAUGGAUAAAAAACUCCUAGAUGACGUCUACGUAGAGCUCUACAUCACCAGUGGGAGUUGUGUGAAUAUCAACAGGCAGCAUGAGGUCAGGCAGAUUGAGAUGGCAUCAAGAGAACUAAGGGAAAUAGAGCAACCAGUCCAUCCCAGUGAUAUCUUCACACACCCUUCUGGAAAAAACACACCUGUAAGAACAGUGCUGACGAGUGGGAUCGCAGGAAUUGGCAAAACGUUCCUUGUACACAAAUUCAUUCUGGAUUGGGCUGAAGGAAGAGCCAAUCAAGAUGUGCAUCUUGCAUUCCCCUUCACCUUUCGCCAGCUGAAUUUACUGAAGGGCAGAAGUUUUCGUUUCGCUGAGCUCAUUCACAGAUGUAUCAGGGAAACCAAAGACAUCAAAGAGGAGGAUCUUAAUGACAUCUUCAAAAAACUACAGGCUUCGGGAAACACCAACUAUGACAAGAGUAAAUUCAAACUUCUUUUUGUGCUCGAUGGGCUGGAUGAAAGCCGCCUUCAACUUGACUUCACUCCUGACAAUUAUCCCACCAUUGAUUUGACACAGGCAGUUGGAAUAGAUGUCCUGUUGACUAGCCUCAUCAAGGGGGAUCUUCUGCCCUCUGCUCGCCUCUGGAUAACCACACGACCAGCAGCGGCCAAUCAGAUCCCUCUUAACGUUGUUGACAUUAUGACAGAAGUCAGAGGGUUCACUGAUGCACACAAGGAAGAGUACUUCAGGAAGAGAUUCAGAGAUAAGAGCCUUUGUGACAGAAUCCUCUCUCAUGUCAAGAUAUCCCAAAGCCUCCACAUCAUGUGCCACAUCCCGGUCUUCUGCUGGAUAACUGCUACAGUUCUGGAGGACGUGUUGACAACCAGUGACAAAGAAGAGCUGCCGAAAACCCUAACAGAGUUAUACACAGAAUUCUUGUUGUUUCAGAUCAGACAGACAAAAGAGAAGUACGGCACAGAGAGGAGCAUUCAGUACAUUCAGUCACUUGCAAAACUUGCUUUUCACCAACUGAAAAAGGGGAACCUGAUCUUCUAUGAGAAAGAUCUCAAAGAGAGUGGAAUUGAUUUCCACGAAGCCUCGGUGUACUCGGGUGUGUUCACGCAGAUCUUUAAAAAGGAACACCGCUGGAAGAAGGACAUGGAUGAGGAUAAAAUGUUCAGCUUUGUCCAUCUGAGUAUUCAAGAGUUCUUGGCUGCUGUUUAUGUGGUACAGUCACUCAUUAACAAAAACAAAAAUGUACUGGCGCAACAACUCAUGUUCCAAAGUGUUCAAACACUUUUCAAAAAAGCAUCCAUGGCAGAGGUCCAAAGAAUGGCUAUUGACAGGGCCUUAAAGAGUCCAGAUGGACACCUGGAUGUGUUCCUCCGCUUCCUCCUAGGUCUCUCCCUAGAGACCAGUCAGGAUAGCUUACAAGGCCUGCUGAGACAGACGAUUAGUACUUCAGAGGCCAAUCAGGAAACAGCGCUGUACAUCAAAAAAAAGAUCCGUGAGAAUCCUUCUCCAGAAAGAUGCAUCAACCUAUUUCACUGUCUGAAUGAGCUCAAUGAUCAUUCCCUAGUGGAUGAGAUCCAGCAGUACUUGAGUUCAGGAAGCCUGUCCUCAUUCAAACUCUCUCCUGCUCAGUGGUCAGCUCUGGUCUUCAUCUUACAGUCAUCGGGAAAAGACCUGGAUGUGUUUGACCUCAGGAAGUACUCUGCUUCAGAGAAAGGUCUCCUGAGGCUGCUGCCAGUGGUGAAGAACUCAGAUGUCUUCAUACUGAACGGCUGUAACCUGUCAGAGAGGAGCUGUGAAGCUCUGGCCUCACAGCUCAGCACCCAGUGCUCCAGUCUGAGAGAGCUGGACCUGAGUAACAACAACCUGCACGAUUCAGGAGUGAAGCUACUCUCUGUGGGACUGCAGAGUCCACACUGCAGGCUGGAAACUCUCAGACUGAGCGGCUGCAUACUGACCCCGAGAAGCUGUGAAACUCUGGCGUCAGUUCUCAGCUCCCAGUUCUCCAGUCUGAGAAAACUGGACCUGAGUAACAAUGACCUGCAGGAUCCAGGAGUGGAGCUGGUCUGUACUGGACUGAAGAGUCCCUGCUGUAAACUGGAAACAAUCAGGUUGAAUUUGUGCAACCUGUCAGAGAGAAGCUGUGAAGCUCUGGCCUCAGAUCUCAGCUGCCAGUCCUCCAGUCUGAGAGAGCUGGACCUGAGUAACAAUGACCUGCAGGAUUCAGGAGUGAAGCUUCUCUCCACUGGACUAGAGAGCCCACUCUGUCGACUUGAAAGUCUCAAGCUGUCAGGCUGCCUGGUCACAGAGGAAGGCUGUGCGUCUUUGGCCUCAGCUCUGAGCUCCAACCCGUCCCAUCUGAGAGAGCUGGACCUGAGCUACAACCAUCCAGGAGACUCAGGGGUGAAGCUGCUCUCUGCUGGACUCAAGGAUCCACAGUGGAGACUGGAAACUCUCAGUUUGGACCAUAUUGGAAUGUGCUGGUUGAAAUCUGGUCUCAGGAAGUAUGCCUGUCAAGUCACCUUGGACCCAAACACAGCAAACAGAUACCUCUCUUUGUCAGAGGAAAACAGAACAGUGACACUGGUGAGAGCAGAGCAGCCACAUCCUCAUCACCCAGAGAGAUUCGACCACUGGAAGCAGGUUCUGUGUACCAAUGGUCUGACUGGCCGCUGUUACUGGGAGGUGGAGAAGAUAGGGUGGGUGUCUAUAGGAGUGACUUACAGAGGAAUCGGAAGAAAAGGCAAAGGUGCUGACUGCUGCCUCGGGUUUAGUGACACAUCCUGGAGCAUGUGCUGCUCUCGGAGCCCUUACUCUUCCUUACACAACAACAGAAUUGCAGCCAUAUGCACGACCAGCCGUAUAUGUGACAGAGUAGCAGUGUAUCUGGACUGGCCUGCCGGCACUCUGUCCUUCUACAGAGUCUCCUCUGAUACACUGAUCCACCUCUACACCUUCCACUGCACAUUCACCGAACCCCUCUAUCCUGCAUUUGGGUUUGAGUAUGUCGUUAGGUUUAACUCUAGAGUUAUUCUGUGAAAGAUGCAGGAGAAAGAGUUGCCUCCUGUAGACGAUCGCUAUUGCUGAAACAAGACUGUACAAGACCACACACACAAAAAUGGUGUGCAGUUUGUGUAUUUUCAUGUCACAAUGCAAUGAUGACAGCCAAUGUAGCUCUCGCCUAAGACCUCUCACCUAAGGCAUUUUUUCCAAUAGACCUCAUCAAGCCAUCUGGCUCAGCCACUUCCACCUUAACCACAAUUUGGUCAAAAUUUGUGUCUGGUCACAUAAAACUGCUAGAGCAUUUGUAACUGACACUUCUUUGCCUUUCUCAGUCCAUGGAAACAUGGCGUCUAGAGGUAUACAUGGGUUUAAAUGGCUGGAAGAAGAAACAAUGGGGCAGUUACAUCCUGGAAAUUUGUCGAGAAAUUCUGUGUUUUUCCCUAUAGUUUUUCCAUGGUCUAUAUCACCAUCUGCUAGCUGAAUGAGUCAGUACCACAAAAAAGAUAUGUAUCAGCAUAUUAUGGCCUACUGACCCAAUUAAAGGCCCAUUCAGUGCAUUUACUGUGGUCUCCUAUGAACUGAAACAUAAAGAGGUCUGAUUUUUCAAAAUAAAGCCCCAAACUGUUGUUUUUAGAUGGGUUUAAUAAGUUGAAGUGACAUCAAAUGAGUUUUGAUGUGAUCUUUGAGCCGAAUAGGGUGAACAAAUGUAUCUAAAAAUGCCAGUAUCAAGAGCUCAUCUAUUGUGUCAUACAUCAUUUUAUAAGUGUCUAUCUCUGUACCAGUGACUUUCAGAUGUUGUUUUAUGGUUCAGUGGAGCUUUUGGGCAAAUGCUUUAUUAUUUCAAAGAUGUAUUCACUCUAAAACUGCAAUGUCUUUUUAGGCAAGGACAAAAAAUGUCCUUUUAUUCUGUCAUGUUCCUUCAUUAAAUCUGACCCAGUAGCAUCUACACCGAUACUUAUAGCUCUCCAGUUCAUCUCCCAUUUAUGUUUAGUUAAAGACUUUGAUUAUUCAUAUGGGCCUUGUAGUUGCUGGAAUGUACCCUAAAUAAAGGAAAUUUUCAAGCAGAGACUUGAGAAAGGGGAGUAGGCAAGAACAGUGUUUAUUAAUGUACUGUACAUGGGGGGAACUUAACAGGGUUAUAAAAUAACCAGGCUGUGCUCAUACACUAAUUUUCCUACAAAAAGUAAUAGUUUGUAUAUAUCCUAUGUAAUUAUGGACAAGUAAAUUGUGCCUGAUCCAUGUAUUUUGGAAAGCUGCGAUCACAUUACCAAUAUGCUGAUGGGAGUAAAGAAUAAAGAGGGAAGUGGGAAUACAAGGGAAGUGUGCAGUUUUGUUUGGAGAUAGGUUGGAGUGUUUAGUGGAUCACAAAACACAGGACUUUCACCCUGAACUUUUGCCAGUGUUUGGAACUGUUUGAACUUUUGGUGAAUUAUGAGUCAUUUUAAGGUAUGUCACCACCAUAUUUCUUUUCCUACACAUAACCACAGUAACUUUACUAGCCUAAACCUAAAAUCCAUAACUUUGCGUUAAGUGUUUAACUUUGUGUUAGUACUUAAUAUAAUUUGUGUGGCGCUGAUUCGUAGGAUAUGAUGCAAAACGUUAUUUAAGCAUACGUUGAAAAUAAAACGACUCAAGUCGUAUGUCUGAAUAUGAUUGACAGAUUUGAAUAUCUUUCUCAUGAA